AUGAGUGUGAGUGUAAGUUCGUUGAUGCCUGCAGAUUUGACGCAAUGGGGAAAAAAAGAGGGUGGUAGUGUGAAGUCAUGGAAGAAACGGUUCUUUGUGUUGAAAAAUAAAAACUUGUGGUAUUUCGAAAGCGAAACAAGUUCGUCGGAGGUCGGCAAAAUCGAGCUCACUGCUGAGUCACAAGUGCUUGAUAAGUCAAGUGGUCAGAAAUUCAUGCUGGGGAUCUUAGCCAAAGACAAGAAUAACAAAGACCGACUCUUUCUAAUCGAAGUGGAAACAAUCGACAUUUUAAGCGACUUUUUAAGUAAAGUCGGAAAAACAAUAUCGUCGUUUUCUGUAGCGAAACAGGCAACUAACGAAGCGAAUUCAUCACCCAAAGCUGUUCCAAAAUCUCUUCAACCCGUCGUAACCUUUGAUGAACCCACAGAAAGUCACGUCCCAAAAACUAAAAAAAUUCCGAUUGGAGCUAACCCAUUGCAAGCAGCACUUGCUGCAGAAGCAAUGAAAAAACAAUCUCAACAAAAAUCAUCUGAGCACGCGCAAGUCACGAGGUCCGAACAAGUAUUGGACAAUUCAAAUAAACAAAGCCAACUGUCUGAACAGUCUCUGACUGAAAACACUGAGUCGGAGCAACCAAGUCCUUUGAAAAGAAAAGAAAGAGUUGUAAAGAAGAACAAAGAAGACUCGGACUUCAGUUAUCCAUACCAAAGAGCGUUGCUCAGGUACGACGGGAAAACCAAUGUGGGGUAUAUCAGAGACAUCUUUAAAUCCACGUUGAAUGGAAAUAAGUUGGACGCUUUCAAUUUGUGGCUCUGUUCGAUUCCACUAGCUGUGAAUCUAGUUGAUGAAGAGACUCUAUCAUAUAAACUCAGGACGUCAACUGAUUUACAACAUAUCUGCGUCCACGCAUUUGGACCACAAGAAGUCAUGUCACAGGGCACUUCAGACUUCUUCAAAAGUGUUGUCUGCUCAGAGAAAGAAACGGAGAGAAUGACUAAAUAUGGUAAUAUGAUAAUGCCGCUGAAUUCUGGAAGUUAUUUGGAAGUCACGCAAGAACCUAAUGCGAUUGAAGCUGGGUAUUCUUUUUGUGGUGAUAUUUUACUUGAAGAAGCACUUGGUUUUAUAGAAGAAGGGAAGAUGAAGGAGGUCUUCACGGCGUGUGAAAAGGAGUUUAGUACUUUGAAAUUCUCAACGUUGAUUGAGAAAGAUAUGUCGGCUACUGAACCCACUUUCACGAAAUUCUGGUUUGAUAUCUUUGGCAAAAAUACAUCUGGGAGAACAGAUCUGGUCAAGUCUAUUUUGACCAAGUUGGAGUUACCGUACGACACGUUCGACAGCGAGUCUUCCGCAUUCUCGUUCUUUAAACAAGUAUUCGAGACACAAUCCGAGUCCACUGUGUCAAUGGCGUUUGUAUUUACUGAUACGGAAAUAGCACAAGUUUCCCUCAUCAUCAACAACCCAACACCAACUCAACUCAGUCAAUGCUGCCGUAUUAAAGACUCCAAUUCAAAUUCUGAAGUCCUACAACAAUUGAUUGAAUAUUAUGGCGCUCCAACAAGCUUGGACUUCACGUACAUCAACGACAAGUACAAGAUGGGCAUCUUCAACAACGUAUCGCCAAUCAAUGUCUCAUUUGACAUUGGGUUUGACAAGUUAAAUUAA